AACAAACACAAAAACUCGGUUUUGUAUAAAAUGUGAAUUACAUAAAAAAUAUAUUGCCACCAGAGAUAUCUUUCCUCACUUCCUUAUCCACUAUUGAACUCCAUGCACGAUGGAUCACUUUUACUGGACUUCCAACGCUCAUGCGCAUUAGCUCUGAAUCUUGGCUUAGAUUUUGACAUGUAUUUCCAUCAUUCAACUUUUAACUUUGUGGAAUGAAUAAAGUUAAAAAAAAAACUGUGGAAUGGAGUUUGUUCUCCCUUGUGAACUGUGAUGCAUUGUAUUGUCCCCUCUUAUCUCUAAUCUUGUUCCACCACAUGUGUACUUUUAUUAAGAGAAUCUACUUGCUUGCUUCUUGUUUCUGUUGCUUCGGUUUCGUUUACAAAACCUUCCAGUAAACCAAGAAAAGCGACUAAUCGGAUUAAAGUAAUGUCUAUUCUUGGUUCUGGUUAGAUCUUUGUUACUUGUCCAAAUUCUAACAAUAGUAAAAAGUAUUAGUAUGUUAUUUCUUAUUGUACUUUUCUCUCGACAAAUGGUAUCACUUUGAUUCAGAUCUGCAAAAAUAAAGUACUGACUUAAUAUAUUACGUGUAGUUUAUACUUUAGGAUAAACCAAUUAUGCUUGCUAAAAAUAAUCAUCCAGUCACGCGUGUCGUUAAUGGUACAAAGUAUGUUCGUCGUGAUCAAAAAAAUAAAAGUUAAAGAUUCUGCCUAUACGUAUGCUAUUUUGUUCAUUAAUCAAACUCAAAAAGUGUUUUAGUAAACAAAAAACACUAUUCUCUUUGUAAAUUUUGCAGGAAAAGCUGUGCAAUAAAGGACAACAUGUGUGUUCCCGAAAAGUUACAAAAUUUAAUUUAAAAUCCCAAAACUUUCACAUUCUCACAUAUUAGCCCCACUUAGCUCCCUUUCUUCUUCUACUCUUCUUCAUCUCAAUAGCUCACUCACUUCCCUCACAUAUCUCUCUCUGUUUCGCCAUUAACGAACUUUCAAAAACGCUAAAAUUCAAACUAACUUCUGUUCGGUUUUAAUAUCAGAAAUGAGAGAGCUUGAGCGGUUGAAGACGAGCAUUAACCUUCAUCAAUGGCCACCCAUUGGAGCUCCGAUGAAUCUCCGGCGAGAAGAGCCGUGGAAAUCUCGAUUCGACGACUCAGUCAACGCCGUCUCGUUCGGUUUCGUCGCAACGGCUAUUCUCAUCUCAAUGUUCCUCGUCAUGGCUAUCUUCGAGAGACUGAUCCGGACCACCACCACUACUACUACUACUACUACUAACCAAGAUUCAUCUUCUGGUCGGGUCCUUUCGGGUAUGGAUUCUCGGGUCGGGUUCAACGGCGCAGCAUCUAAGCUCGGUUAUCAAUCUCCAAAGAUGACUGUUUACACAAACGGUGUAUCGGUAUUGAUGCCAGGAGAUGAUAUCCCUACUUUCAUCGCGCAUCCAGCGCCCGUGCCAUGUCCUCAACGCAUCAUCUCACAGUCUCAGCAUCAACAUAGCUCAUCGAGUGAUUCUUCCAACUCAAACUCCAUUCAAGAAUGUUGAAAGACUGUUUAUUUGAUCUCGUAUCGCCACCACCAUUGGCUUUAUUAAAACAUUUCAAGCCACCAACCACAUUGAGCUGAGUUGAGUUUGGCAUCUGAUGUUUUUUUUUCUCCUGAUGAUUCCGCUACAUUUAUUGGGUUCGGGAGUUAUUUAUGCGUAUUUUAUGUACAUAGCAUUAGGAUUGAAACUGGUUUCUCCUUGGUUUAAUUAAGCAUAUAUAUUCAAGAUUUGACACUA